AUGGCAGGAAAAGAUUCCGAAACCGACAAACCCCGAGGCCCGCUACCAACCGGUCUCCCCAAGCCAGAGAAGCUCCCACCUGGACUACAGAGAAUCGUCGACAGAGCUGACAAAGAUGAAACUUUAUACGAUGAACUCUACGAGGGAACGCUUCACUACAAGCAAAUACUUACUUCUGCCAGUGCCCCUCAAUCAACAGACAGUAACCUGAGAUACGCAGCCUACGCCACGCGAAUCCGAACAGCCCUCCUCUCCGCCCAACGAUACGUAGCCUACACCUCAGAUAUCGGAGAGUCAUUCCGGCCCGUCGCACACCCGAAUCUCGUUCGCGCCGCGUACGGCAUAUCUUGGGCAUACAUAGCAGGCGACGUGGCUCACGAAGGCUACAAGGCAUAUUGCAGUAACCAACGCAUACUACAUCCAGAACUACCAAGAGAGGCGUCUCAGGAAAGGUCGCACGAUGCGAAGAGCGGUGCAGUGGCCGUAGUAAGUACGGAGGUAGUGCCCGGGAAGGUGGCGCCGUUAGAAGAUUAUAGAGCCGUCAUGGCGCAGAGAGCGGUUUUUCAGAGUAUUGCUAUCCGGUACUCGGGCGUGGCGAUCAAGAAGAUGGACAUAAAGAACGUCCCGAUCCGCCGUUUCGGGCCCAUAGGUCUCGGUCUUGCGGCCGUACCGGCGCUGCCUUACCUUUUCGACAAGCCGGUCGAGACCGCGGUUGAAUAUAUAUUCCACGAGGGCUUCAAGCUCGUUGGAGGCAAGGAAGCAGUCGGGGAUGCGCAUACUGUAGGACGAGAGAAGGAGCUGAAUGAGUACAAUAAGAAGGUUAGUAAAGGAGAGAAGGAAUUGUAA